AUGCCGAAUCUCAUCGGUUCAGUCAACCAUUUCGACAUUAAACGCAAAGCCCACGGCCUCAGCCGCCGGAGCCAGGAGCAGACAUGGAACCCCUUUCGCCAUGUGUCAUGGGAUAGCCACCCCAGCAAGCGAUCCACUUGGGACGGCGCGAACCUCGAGGCCCAGCGCGAAGCUGCAGCGGAAGACGUAGAAACCGAAGACACAAUACAUCACGUCCAGAGCGAACCCGCCCCCAGGGAUUCCGAGACCGUACGCAACAGCAUGGGCAAAGAGACGAGGUCCGCUACAGGGAGCGGGAGCGGCGACACCGUGUUCGAGAACAAGCCCGAGGAAGGCGGUGUCCUGAGGAAUCGCAAGACCGAAGCUGCGCAGGACGAGGAAGCACCCCCCGAGGAGGAGAGGGAAAAGCCCAAGAAGCAAAAGUCGGGCCUGAUCAGACAUGUGGAGCCGAAAACCCCCUUCACAUUCGCCAACCAGCUUCAACGGACGCUACUUAGCUCGUACAUCAACGUCUUGAUAUUGGCCGCCCCCGUCGGUAUCGCCAUCAGCUACGUCAGCUCCGUCAACAAGAUCGCCGUCUUCGUCGUCAACUUCAUCGCCAUCAUCCCCCUGGCAGCCAUGCUGGGUUUUGCUACCGAGGAAAUCGCCCUGAGAACCGGUGAGACAUUGGGAGGUCUUCUCAACGCGACUUUCGGAAACGCCGUCGAACUCAUCGUCGCCAUUCUCGCCUUGGCCGAGGGCAAGGUCUUGAUCGUGCAGACCUCGCUCAUUGGCUCCAUCCUCUCCAACCUGCUGCUCGUCAUGGGCUUCUGCUUCUUCUUUGGCGGUCUCAACCGAUCCGAGCAGUACUUCAACACGACCGUCGCCCAGACCGCCGCGUCUCUCCUCGCUCUCGCAGUCGCCUCCGUCAUUGUCCCCACCGUCUUCGACAAGAACGACAACACCGACAACCCCGUUCACGUUGCCGCCCUCUCGCGCGGCACCGCCGUCAUCCUCCUUAUCAUCUACGCUUCGUACCUUUUCUUCCAGCUCAAGACGCACAACUCCGUGUUCAACGAGGAGUCGCAAAAGGUUGCGGCCAAGCCCUGGAGCCGCGGUGGCCUAAAGGAGGGCGCGCUUGCCCGUGGCUUGGCAGGCACUGGAGCACGCAUGGCACAGACUGGUGUCCGCGGCGAGGGUGAGGAUGAGCGCCGGGAGCUGAGCCGUAUCAUGAUGCAGCACCCUCACGAAGAGGAGGAGGACGAGGAGGAGGAGCCGCAACUGCACUUUUUCGUCGCCGUCGGUACCCUCACCCUUGCAACUGUUCUGAUCGCUUUCUGCGCCGAGGCCAUGGUCAGCUCCAUUGACUACGUCACCAAGGAGGGCGGCAUCAGCGAGGAGUUUGUCGGUCUCAUUCUUUUGCCCAUUGUCGGUAACGCCGCCGAGCACGCCACGGCUGUCACGGUUGCCAUCAAGGACAAGAUGGACCUUGCCAUUGGUGUCGCCGUCGGCUCCAGUAUGCAGGUCGCGCUCUUCCUCAUCCCAUUAUUGGUCAUUAUUGGAUGGGGCAUGGGCAACGAUGCCAUGACGCUCAGCUUCGACCUGUUCCAGGUUGCCGUGCUGUUUGUCGCCGUCCUGUUGGUCAACUACCUCAUUAGCGACGGCAAGAGUCAUUGGCUCGAGGGGCUGCAGCUCAUUUGCCUGUAUGCCAUCAUUGCUACAUGUUCAUGGUGGUACCCCGCUUCCGGCGUUGCUGGCUAA